UAUUUAUCUUAUUUUCCAUAUUGCAGAUGACAUUAACUAAUGAUGAAUUUCAUGUAACUGCUCGUGGAAAUGCAAAUAAAUUAGUUGAUGAAAUAAUCAGAAAAACAUUGAAUGAUUUCGGUAAUGAAAUUGAACCAUGUGAACUACCUAGUCUCCGAUUCUCUUUCAACAGAAGAAUGUUCUUCGUAAAUUAUAGAGGAGAAGUCAAUUUUGACGAAGGAAAACUUUAUGGAUUGAGGAAUCUUCACAGAGCUGGAGACUGCACUAUGACAGUUACAGAAGAAAAAUUAGGUCUGGAGACAAACUUAUCCGUUAAUGAAUUGAAUGUAGAAUAUUCAGGAAGAAUGUCAUUUAUGGGGUUAAUGUCAACAUUUGAAUUGUCUGGAAAAAUUGGAAUUAUUUCAGCAGACUUAACAUUAGAAGCGAGAGAAGGGAAACAAGAACCUGAGCUAGAAGUCACGAAAUUUAAUAUUUAUGAAUUGAAUGGAGUUGAAAUUCAACUUAAAAAUCACAGGGCAUUAAAUCCUAUUUUAAAAUUUAUAACAAAAAUUUCAAUGAGAUUUUUCAGAUCAAAAAUUGAAAGUAUUAUAGAAAAACAUUUAAGAAAACUUGUUAACGAUGAAAUAAAAAAUAUAAAUAUCGGUGAAGUUUUAGCUCAGACUUACAUUUAGUUAAAUACUACUCAAAUCUUAAUAAAUUAUUAAAUAGAAUUAUUUUAGUCUCUCAUAAUAAAUGUUUCUUUUAUCUUAUUUCCAUAUUUUUCAUGCAAAUGUAA